AGCGUUCAGAUUUCAGUUUGUGACUUUUACAAAUUGAUGCGUUGCAGUGUUUUAGAAUGUUAUGGAUCUACUAGGUGUACGAUCAACAUGUUUUAAGUGUGGGCCAUGCAGACCGAAAUGGAUGAAAAUGGUAGAUAAUUUGUACUCUGGCAGUCCCCAGGAUACUAAUAACCAUAAUAAACUUAUACACUAUUGCUUACACCAACCUGAUAAGCUGGAUCGAAUUGCCAAGUAUUUGCACCUGAGACUUUCACAGGAUCUUAGUAGGCGUUAUGACCAAAAUAUAGCGAUAUCCGUCAAAGCUAUUGACAAACUAAUACAAGUUUGUCAUGGUCACAGAUUGGUUUUGGCUAUCAGUUUUCUGAAGAUGAUCCAACUGCUUCUGGAGACUAAUCGCGUGGACCUGCAAAUAGUGGCCUCCAAGUCGUUUGUAGAGUUUUCUAAAAUAGACGAUGAUUCUCCUAAUUAUCACAAAGAAUGUAAUGAGAUUCUUGACCAUUUUGCUGCUAUGGCUCACGCAUCACUUCCCAACCCACAAGAGCGUAAUGCUGUCAGAGUGGCAGGUAUACAAGGAAUCCAAGGCGUUGUUCGUAAAAUGGCCAGUGAUCAGCUAAUACUGGAGGUUCACGAGUCAAAUAUGGACAAAAUCGUACCUCCACUUCUAUUCAACAUGUGUGACAAGUCUGAAAUGGAUUCCAGUUCAAAUGAAUCACAAUGUGAUCCUUCACAAGAAGCUGUAUAUGUGUUCGAAGAUAUUGUUAGACAAGCUUCUUAUACAAAUAUUAAACCUGUGGUAACAUCUAUUUUAACACAUUUAGAUAAUCAUAAAUUGUGGGAUCCUUGUGAUUUUCCUUUACUCAUAUUUCAAUAUCUUUUGGAUUCACUCAAAACAACUCAGGUGGCGCAUAGUCUAGUCAAACAAUUAGUUGCUCAUCUCAGCCUGCAUGAAUCCGAUUUCACAUUGUCUGAACGUACAAGUUUAGUUCAGGUCAUCGGACUAGUUGUAAUUAGUUUAGCAAAGGGAGCAAUCGGACCAGAUGUAUUUCAUAAUUUUAAAUCAUUACUUCAAAUCUUAAAAGCCAGUAUUGAUAAAACUUCACAAAUAUCUGAUCCUGAUCAACCUUCAUUUAAUGAUUCUAAUCGAAAAUUAUCCGGUGAACGUCAGUUUCAAGAAGCAAUUAUCAAUACUAUAGCCGAAUUUGCUAAAAAUCUUCCAGACACGCAAAAAAUCGAAAUAUUGAAAUUUAUAUUGAAUUUUGAGCCAAUGGUUAAUUAUCACCCAGAGUAUGGUGAUCGUCCGAAACCGUUAAUUAUGGUCCUUUUACAAACUAUGCUAACUGUCGCCACACAAUAUAAAACAGUAGCCAUAUCGAACGCAUUGAAUUCGGACUUUCUAAAUCUUUUAUUACGUGGUGUCGCUAUUGAUCCAGAUCCUGUCAUACGAAUAAUUGUACAGAAAAUACUACAUACUUUAAUUGAUCGACAUGGGAAUACAGAACAGUUGUUGACUGUUCGAAUUUACGGUGAGAACGGAUUAAGCAAUUAUUUUAUCUUGGAGAAGCCUGAAAGACAAGAUAUUUUAUUCAUGAAAAAGACUGGUGUGUUAUUUAUUGAAAAUAUUUACCAUCAGUUAUUGGAUCCUAGUAACAAAGUAGACAAUUUAGAAUAUCUGUCAUGCACUGUUGGAUUGGUCGCAUUAGAAAUGGGUGCAGAACAGGUUAUUACAGAAUUGUUUCGUUUAAUCUUAGCAGUUCAAACAAAAAUCAUUGAUGAAAAUACAUAUAUGCCGUUAACACAUCGCUGUGCUUUACAUGCAUUACUAGCUAGCACAAUAACAUUACUUGUUCAGCUGAUUAAUCUUCAAUCACUUAGUGAACAUAUUUAUACUGUUAUUCAACGUAGACGAGACAUAGCGCCGUGGUUACUGCCUUCUGUUGCAUUUAAUCGAACAAAUACCGUGGACAGCUACCCAACUGAAUUUGAAAUAAAUGAUGAUCUAUUGUUUUCAUCAGAUAAAAUAACUGAAUCAUUAGUAAAUACUGGUUAUGAUACUGCUGUUUUGUCAAUUCCUUAUAAUCCGAUUUAUUUACGAUUAUAUGAUGGCAAAUCUCCUGAUCCACUUAUCGAUGGUAACAUUUAUCCACGUGUAAGCGGUAAUGAACAUUUUACAAAUCAGUCAAUUUAUUAUGGUACCGUUGAUGAUAAAAAUUCCAGUAUUGCAAACUCGACUUCUGGUGCACGUAUGAAUUCAACAUAUUUAGAUGGAACAAUGCUAUGUCGUGAAAGCAGUCUUGUAGAAAGCGGUACAUGCGUUGCUCAAUCUGGAAGUAGUUUUUCGCUAACUGAUAGUCUUUAUUCAGUGGCAGAUUCAACUAAUAUGGUCGAUGAAUACUUGUCAUUCAAGAAUAUGCGCAAAAUAAUUAGUGACGGAGAAGAAAUUCAAAAACCGCCGAAAUUUGUCGAAGAAGAUCGUUUAUUAGGCGGAUGUUUUAAUUCAGUUGAGUUCAAUGAAAUCUGCGCUCAACAACGUGAAAAAGCACAUUCUGUACGUGCACACAUGGCUGAAGUAUUUGAUGAUAUAUCAUCAUGUGACUUCUAUCUACAUGAUAUGUCUCCACCUAUUUUAAACGGUCUAAAAAAACUACAAGGACGUGAAAAUUUCAAUCCUUCAUCUGUCAAUGAUACAGUCAAUAAUAAAUUCAAUUCUGAGCAAUUCAAUCCCAAUAUUAGUUUACCUAUUGGCGGUGGUAAUCGCCUUGGCGAUGGUAGUGGUGCUAUAAAAUUAUCAAAGAAAUUAACUAAAUCAAGUCAAGCUGUUUGGGAACGUGAAUUUGGAUCAUUGUUUUUUGUUUAAUUCAUCAAUCAUUCCUUCCUCUUUUCACAGAGGUUCUCACGUUUUUGGUGUUGUUUCGUCUCCGUUAUGUCCUCAUUCUGUGUGUUUUCCUUUUCACUUACCAUAUUUUGUUUAAAAUGAGUGCGAAAUCAGUCUUUUUUUGCGUGUUAGCCACUCUUGUGUAUUUCCUUGUACUUUGUAAGGUUAGAAAAUAAUCUCAACAAUCCUAGUACCAUACUAAUAUUCAUUGACUGUACUUUUUGUUUAGAAAAGAAGUGUUUAUUACGUUGAAAUAAAAAAGUGCAACAAUACUUUUUUUCUUGAAGUCUUUUUCAACUUUAAAGCUAUGAUACAUCUAUGUGCACAUGACUGACUUCAUGUGUGUGUUUUUCGCCUUCAUGAUACUUUGUAGUAAACAGCGAAAUCACCAACAUUAUUAUUAUUAUUAUUAUUGUUUUUAAAACUAAUGAUGAAUUAUUUGUGUUUGUUUUUUUAAAAACAAAAACAUGACUGUGAUCUGUUCUCCUAUUUGUAUGUUUGUGCGAGUGUGCUUAUACUCACUUGACUAUUUAGUUUGGUUACUUGUACAAAGAAGUUUGAAUAAAAGGAACAGUCAAAACUACUCGUAGUUGCUUAUCAUUAUCCUACAUUUUCUCUUCAAACUUGGUUAAUUUUCAAUUUUUUUGAUCAUUUAAAAGUGAGUAAAGCAAUAAUGACACAAAUUCAUUAUGUAUAUUUUCCAUUGAUAUUAUUAUAAGUGACCUGUACUUCCGUAUUCCUCUAUUUAAAAAGAGAUGUAUUUGUAUGCUUAUCAAUUGGAUUCUCCCGUUAUAUUCAUGUUAAAUCCAAAUAUAAUUAUGUACAGUUACAAACUGAGUCAUAUAUGAUGUGUGUAUUUGUUUAGAAGAGUUAAUGAUUUUUCAUUAUUGCCAUGAUGACUACUAACUGUCUUACUCUUUCCAUUUCAACAGACUUUGUAACAUGUUGAUGGUGUUUACUUGUUUAGACAAAUCAAUUAACAAUUUAUUUCGAAAUGUUCGUUUGAUUUAUUUAUCUCUUUUUUUUAGAUAAUUUUUAUCUAUUUAUCUUUCAAAAGAAUUAUUACUUUAUAGUGAAAUAAAAUAAGACACUGUAAACUAGUUGGACUUUGUUGUAUUAAAUAAUUUAAUGUUAACAAUACACAUUUUCCAACUCAGAUGAAUGCAUUCGGUUGUAUUGUGUUCUUUGUUGAACUGAAUAGUUUAUAAUUGCGAGGCUUUCAUUACUAUUCAGUAAUGCUUCUCUCAAGAUUAUUGUAAUGAAAUUAUUAGUUAAAAGUUAUGAAUGCUCACUAACAACAGAAUCCGGAAUAGUUUUCUUCAAUUAAUGCUUUCUUAUCAUAAUACUAAUUCAUUAAUAAGCAUCCCGUUAUUUAAUACCAUAUGUUUGAUUACAGUAAAUGAUUCUCAGCAUUACUACACAAUAUUAUAAUAGAUUUCGGUUUUGUUUUCCAUCUAAACUGCUAAUAUUCAAAAUGUUUAAAAAAAAACAAGUUUAUCACCUGCCAUUCAUCUUUAUCCACGAACAUUCUUUGACUAGUUUUACUCUUAAGAAAUCAAUUUUUGUCAUGUAACAUGUUUCAUACAUGAAUUACGGUGUAACCAUUUGUGGCUUUUUAAAAGAGCAUUGGAAAAAAGAAAUAUACCAACCACCGUAAGAGUCUCG